GAAAAUUUCGUGUUGCUUGCAAUCUCGCGAUUUUUUCACAAAUAGUCCUGAAAGCCGUGAAAAUAGCCAUAGGCUCCACUUCCAAAGUUAGUAACACAGUACCAAGUAGAACAUGGAUGAAGAGGAGUACGGAAAUGAUGACGUCGGUGGGGAUGAUUUCGAUGAUGUGGAUGAUGAUGACAACAUUGAUGAUCUGAAUCAGGACGAGGAUGUGGACAACAUUGAGAUCUUGACUCCUGGACAAGCGGGUGGUGGAGUUGCCAAAUCCAAGCGAAUCACCACGAGAUACAUGACAAAGUACGAGCGGGCGCGAGUCCUGGGAACCAGGGCGCUGCAGAUCGCCAUGUGCGCCCCCAUAAUGGUGCAGUGGGAGGGAGAAACGGACCCUCUGCAGAUCGCCAUGAAAGAGUUGAAGCAGAGGAAGAUUCCCAUCAUCAUCCGACGAUACCUUCCGGAUCACUCGUACGAGGACUGGAGCAUCGACGAACUGGUGAUCACAGAUACAUGAAGGCUAAUCGAUUUAUUAAAGGAGCGUCACACGAUAAAA